AUGACCCCGAUUGAGCGUGUCCAACGAGCUCCAACAAAAAUAGUCUCCUACAUUAAAUCACUAAGUGAAGACCCCGCAGAACGUCGACGAAUAUUGGGAUGUCAGGAGUUCAAUAAUAAUCCUAAACAAGGCUUAGAGUACUUGUUCGAACAGGGCUUGUUGGAACGCAAUCCAGCAUCCGUUGCACGCUUCUUUGUGGAGGAACAUGAACGACUGUCGAAGGUUGUCCUCGGAACCUACCUUGGAGAAGCGAUAAAGUCGGAACUCUAUGAAGUCACUAGUCAGAUAGAGAGUUUUGGAUUUCCCGUUGACUGUGAAGACCCCGCAGAACGUCGACGAAUAUUGGGAUGUCAGGAGUUCAAUAAUAAUCCUAAACAAUCGAAAGGAGUUCAACAUGGAGGUGUUGGAUGCCUUUACCAGGUUGCACGAUUUUCGAAAUCAGGAAUUCCUUCCCUCUCUCAGCGCGAAUUUACUGACCGUGGUCCGAACUUGACCUCUGCCUCUCAACUCCCCCUGUCUAGGCUUGGGCGACCUGGCAGUAUCCCAGCCCUUGUGCUUCCUUCAAGUAGCAUGGCAGCUAGGCACCGGAAGGGUGUUACAGCUGAGCGAUUUUUGUUACAUUGGUCAAAUGAAGCAUACGUUCUGGCGUACGCCGCCAUUCUUCUCAACACGACCUUGCACAAUACAAACGCUAAAAGCCAGACUCUCGGUCUAGCUGACGAGAAAGUGUUCGUACAUGAAGCAUACGUUCUGGCGUACGCCGCCAUUCUUCUCAACACGACCUUGCACAAUACAAACGCUAAAAGCCAGACUCUCGGUCUAGCUGACGAGAAAGUGUUCGUACGUACUCUGCUAGACUACGACAGGGAAACCGACCUUCCAGAAGAUCUCAUACGGAAAGUGUAUCAGGAUAUCAAAAACGAACCCAUCCGUGCAGCUUCCGAUGAUGGUUUGGAUGGUAUCAGUCAGAAUGGCAAGGUCCUCAUGAAGGGGUGGCUGCUGAAGCUUGGUGGCCGUGUGAGGAGCUGGAAACGUCGAUGGUUCGUAUUAACGGAGAACAGUUUGAUCUAUUAUACCACACCAGAUCGUCAGCGCAACGUCAAAGGGGUGAUUCCUUUGGAUGGACUCAGUAUUCGUUUAUCACAAGAACGAACAAAAGAGAACAGUUUCGAACUGUUUUCCAUACGUAACGAAGUCAUCAAGGCCUCUAAAGCGGACAAGGAUGGCUCGUCUGCACCUGGUCAUCAUACUACCUAUCGCCUGGCUGCAUCCACAACAACCGAACGGGAUAGAUGGAUCCGAAUGCUUGAGUCCGUCACUCAUAAGAUAGCCGAACGUCGUGGUGCACGCAGUACCAGUGUGGAUUGCACAAGUGGCACAGGAUCCAUCAACCCCCGACUGUCCAGUCGUCUUGUGUCAGCCUCAUUGAAACGGAGUGCGGGUGCCGGAAGCCACCCAGAUCUUCCAAGCCAACAGUCAGCGUUGAACAACCAUUAACUCAGCUGAGACAGUUCUGUGCCAAACGUUCCCCGAUGUCAUGAAACAAUACUUCUACUGAGGAGAACAGCAGCAUCACUGUCCCCUUUGAGAACCCUUCUGACGACCUAAUCCAGGGUGUACUUCAAUCUCUGGCGCUCUAUGCACCAACAGUCUCCUUCACUGACAUGCAUUAGCAGAUUACCGCUCAGUUUCAGGCACUCCUCAUACCCAUAGACAGACCAACAAAAUCUCGAUAACCUCCAUUUGUACAUUAAUUCCUCUUAGGAGGUCUUGAACACGUUGAAGAUUAGAUCUGUUCAGCCAUCCCGCCUCCGUGUCUUUUUGUGUGUUUUAUAUAGAAAACUCGCUUUUCAACACAAAAAAUUGAUUGACUUAUCCUCUUGUUCGUUGUGAUAGCUGGUCCGUUUUUUUUACCCGGAAUGGUUUUCUUUUCUGUACAUCUCAACUGUACAUACAAACAGAUCUGUGUCGAAAAU